AUGGAUAUUUUAAAAUGUAGUGGACGAGCAAGCACUAUACUAACUGAAGUUCAACAUAAUCUUAUAAAAUUUUCUGAAUAUAAUCAUGCAGCAGAAGCUAGCCAAAUUAAAGUUAUUAAAAAGAUCAAUUUAUUGAAAGAAAAUGCUCAACAAAAUAAUAAUCAGCCUACACAGGUUAUUCAAACUAUUGUAUCUGAUAAAUCACAAACUUUGGAGAAUCUUAUCAUUCCUGAAAAUAUGAAAAGAACUUUAGAUAGGGUUGACUUUUUG